AUGGCUUCUUGCAAAAUAUCGAACCUUGAAGUUUAUGAUUACGAAUCAAACCAACAAAUAUUACGUAACUUAGUUGAAAUAUUCGAUUCAAAAAACCACCAACUUGUUAACGACAUCCAACUUGCCAACCUCAUUAACAGCUGGAUUGAAGAGAAUAACUUCGACACUACGGAAAUCUUUAAGCUUGUUUAUUCUAACAUAACACAAAUUCGGACACCUUCAUUACUUGCCAUCUUUUAUAACUUCGGGAUCGGAACACCGCGAGAUCCAGUAUCCGCUUUUCACUGGUUCGAGGAAGCUGCAAACCGUCAUGACCCAUUAUCUCAGUGCAUUAUAGGCCAAUGUUAUCAAGAUCAAGCAGAUUUUAAUACAGCGUUUUAUUGGUAUAAACUUUCAGCAACCAAAAAUCAUCCAGAAGGACAAUACCACCUUGCUUUUCUCAUUAUAUACACAAGAACUAACAAUGUUGAAUAUAAUAGAGAGAAAGCAUUCGAGUUGAUGUCACAAGCUGCUUUAAAAAAUCAUCUAAAAGCUCAAUAUUUUCUCGGUAAUUUUUAUUAUGAUGGUACGGGCAUAUCAUCUAAUUUCGAAAUAGCAUUUAAUUGGUAUGAAAAAGCAGCAAGUCGUGGUCAUCAAGGUGCGAUCAACAAAGUCGCUGAGUGUUAUGAAAUGGGUUGCGGUACUUCAUAUAAUAUUCGAAAAGCAUUCUAUUGGUCACUCAAAGGAGCAAGCAUCGAUAGUCCCGAAGAAAGUUUCAAUAAUCUCGAUUCAGACGAAUCAAAAAUAAGACUCGCAGAUUAUUACGAAAAUGGAAUCGGUACUGAAAAAGAUAUUCAUCAGAGCUUCAGAUGGCGUCGGAGAGCUGAUGAGCUGGGUGUAGCUCACUGGUCUGACUCUUCAACCAUUUCCGGCCCGAAAAACGGACCAGCCUUUUCGGUCACAUGUCUAUAUACCGACGCAUUCAUUGAUGUUAUCACUUCUCAAAUACAAAUUUAA